AUGUAUGAAUCAAUAAAUCUCUCCACUUAGGAUUUUUAUAAAUUAUAAACUAACUUAAAGUUAAUAUGGUUGCCAAAGAAAGAAAAGGAAGCAGAAAUUAUAGUUUAUAAUUUGAUUAACAUAAAAUUAGAAGUUCAAUCUUUAAUGAGAGAAAUCACAGAGAAAGUAAAUGAAACUUUAAUAGUUAUUGAUGUUAUGAUUUAAAUAAAAAUAAAGUGAAAUGUAUUCUAUUAAGAAGAAUAUAAAAGAGAUUUAAAUAAAAGAACUUAAAAGUUAGAAUGAAUUAAAACAGUCUAUAAAUAUAAUAUUAUGUCAGUAAAUUACAAGAUAAGUUUAAUAGCUAAACAAUUUAUAAACGAUUUGGAGAAUUAAUAUAUUGGAAAAAUUGGAAAGAAAAUUCAAAUAAAUAAAUGAGGGUGAUUCUAAAUGUGGUUUUGAUUAAUAUUUUAAUUUAUUAUUGAAACAAGUAAAUAAUAACAUUUUGAUAUGCAAUAAAUAUUUUGAGAAGAUUUAUUAUGUGAAUUUAUAAGAAAAUGUCAAAACUCAAAUAGAUUAGCUUGUCAGAAAUGUUUACAAUCAAAUCAUAGAUUCAUCUUAGAAAUUAAAAUCUCAUGAAUAUAUUGAGAGAUAUCUCAAAUAUAAUUAUUAAAAUUUUGAGAUUAAAAUAAAAAUAAUCCUAAUUUUUGAUUCAUUAAGGUAUUUUAUUAGAAAGUUAGACUGA